CCUCCCCACCACCGCCGAUCGAGAAGAAGCCAAGCGAAGCGAACCCAAUCGAUGGCGGCCGCCGACGCGCUCGUCGUGGUGGGGCAGCCGCAGGCGCAGGCGCGGCACCCGCUGAGCCAGAUCGCGGAGAGCGGGACGCACCGGCUGCUGCUGAAGCAGUGGCUCAAGGAGGAGGACCUGCUCGCCCGCCGCGUCGCGCUGCGGGAGGCGCGCCUCGACGGCGCGCGCAAGGAGAUCGCCUUCCUCUACUGCGCCUUCUUCGCCUUCCACGCCGCCUCCGUCCUCCUCCUCUUCCUCUCCGCCUCCGCGCCCGCGUCCGCCGUGGAGGCCGCGUGCCGGCGCUCCUGGAUCCCCUGCCUCGUGUCGCUGCUCUCGUCGCUGGCCAUGCUGUGGGCGCUGCGGUACAAGGCCGACACGGAGGCGGUGCUGGAGCGGCUGCUCGCGCGGGAGCGGGAGGACGCGCUGCUGCUCGGCAAGUGCGUCGCCGAGCUCAAGCGGAAGGGGCUCGAGUUCGACCUGCUCAAGGAGGUGGACGCGCUGCGCCGCGCCAAGAGCCUGCGGGUCGAGGCCAAGGGCGGCGAGAGGCCCAGGCACUGGGCGGCCAGGGACCUCGCCGUCUUCGUGCUCUUCGGCGCCGCCUGCGGCGUCCUCGUGCUCACCAGAUACCUUCUCUGCAACUAGCUCCAUCGCAAGAGGAGGGGAUCGGAUAACAAAUCGCACCGCGCCUUCUUGGCGUUGUUUCUUCCUGGAUGAUGCACGCAGCUCGCUCCUGCAGAACUGUCUGUUCUGCGAAUUUUGAUUUUGUUUACUUUGCUUCAGUCUGUAAUAAGGAAAAGAUAUUGAUGCGUUUUAUUUCUUUUGUGAUUGUCAUUGUGUCAGAGAGCAAAUUUACUCUCUAAAUGUGAUCAUUACAGUUUACCAAUAUCAUGUGUUGUUGCCACUAAUCUGAGUUUCUCCAAUCCGGAAUCAU